UAUUUGUUUUGCAAUGGGAGGCUGGAGGUGGGGCUGGAGGUGACUGUCUUCCUGCUGCUGGUACUCUCGAAGGUGGCACAUCCAGUGAUAGUGGCCGGGAACAGUGUGGGAACAGAGACAUGCUGAUCGAGGAGCUACAUAAGAGUUCUAGAGGCGAGGAGGGCGAGGCGGGGGGAGGCUACGAGAAUGGUGGAGGUGGCGUGGAGGAAGGCGCUGGUGGACACGACCCAGGCUUGCAGGGAGGCGCCGGAGGUGAGAGUGUGGAUGGGGACCCUGACACCUCCAGUGAGCCGCCCACCUCUAUCAUCGUCACCAACCUCACACUGGAAACCUUCGAGCACCAAGUGGAACGCGAGAAGUUUGAGUCUCUCUUCCAUGAAAUUGAUGAAAUGGUGAAUUUCCAAUACUUCAAGAGCUUCAGAAGAGUUCGGGUUAACUUUGCCACAGCUGAGCAAGCUACCAGGGGUCGAGAGAAAGUUCACAUGACUGAAUUCAAUGGUGAGACCAUCAAGAGUUACUUUACUCAGCCCAUCAUCUUGGGAAGCAGCCGAGGGGGAGACCCACACUUGCAGCCACCAGCACCAGAAAAGCAGUUCCUCAUCUCACCGCCAGCUUCACCCCCUGUGGGCUGGGAGCCUGCUCCAGAGGCAGAACCUGUUGUCAACUAUGACCUUAUCUCGGCUGUAGCAAACCUUGCCCCAGGUGAAGCUCAUGAGCUGCAUCCACCCAUUGAAGAUAAGCCUGGCAUCAUUGUGCAUGUGUGUGAGGAGUGCCAGAUAUGUGAUCAUCAAGGGGGAGCAAGACCCAGAAUUACCCAGACUCGCAGACCACCCACUUAAUGCAUCAUUCAGUUUAACCCUAUAGCUAAUAGUUUUUGUGGGGUAGGUGGGCUCUAUACAAUUUACUGGGAGGCUGGUGUGAGGACGCCUUAAGGGUUUCCAGACCUAGGACACCUGACAAUCCUCCAUGUGGUAGCUCAGGGCUAGAGUCUACCAAAACAUUGUCUCUUGAGCUUGCUAAAAUGGGGAAAGUCCUGCAAACUUUACUCAGAGGCCUAUUUUCUCACUAAAGAAGUAAUAUAUGUUUAGUAGCAUAUGUCGAUUGUUCACUACCCAAAUGGUAGUUAGUAAGAAGCUGAUAGUCCUCAUACUCUAUUUAUGCAGUGUGUAGGUGUAUAAUUCAAGCCAACUAUCUAAUAAUACCAGUGCCUCCACCAUCUCCCACUUGGCAAAACAAUGCUGAUUAUAGCAGUGGAGCUUCCUAAGUUCCUUAAAAUGCCCAUAAUAUUCAAUGCUGAUAAAUUUGUAGAGUACUUGGAUGUAUAUAUGUAUGUAAGAGUGUUAUGAAUGUGUGUGUGUGUAUAUGCAUUGUAUAUAUUUAUGUAAAGUUAUAAAUUUGUAGCCAGAGAAACCAAAAAAGGAAGUAGCCUGCAACAUAAACGGAUGUAUUUGCUCUACAUAGUAUUCAAGCAUAAGUAGUAUUGCUGUCAUCUGAAUUUGUGUUUAAAUCUUUGAUGGUAUGUUUGCUUUCCAUUUUUAUUGCUUUGUGCAAGUAGCUAUUAAAUUUGUAGCAAUCCACAUUUGAUUAUGCAAAUUGAAUUCCAAACUUGGGAAGCUCCAUCGAAUGCUUGAGGUGUAUUUCAGUUGUGUAUGUUACAAUGAAAUGUGGUUUCCAUAUUUUGAAAAUAGUAUAUAGGUUUGUAAUUUAAGCUUACUUUACAGUCAGUGCAAUACAGAUACAUAUAAAAGUGUACAGUCUAACAUAUUUUUCUGUAAAGUCUAUGUGACUAUGCCAAUACUAGUCGUUAGUUUUAACACAAUGUAUGUGGAACAUGGGUCAUGAUAGAUGUCAUGCUGGGCUCCUUAUUGUUGUGUUGAUGGCACUAUCCUAACCCCAUAGCACUGGUGGGUCAUCCAUUACAUGUACACAUAUUGAACUUUCCUUUUCAUUUGCACUUCUGCACAUUUAAGUUUUUUUUUUUCCAAGUUUAGAGAAAUCCCCUUCUGUGUAUUUUAUUGAUAUAAUGGAACAAGACUUGGAAUAAUAUAUGAAAUCUAUUUCUAUCUAGUAUAUGUUCCAAGUAAUACAAAAUAAAUAUGAGAAUUGUCCAAACUGAAUUUAUGGAAUAUAGUUGAAGCUUUGAUUUUAUAGAUCUAAUUAAAUUACAAAACGAAAGCUGUAUCAGAAGUUUAUUGUAAAAUUAUUACCUUCAUGA